UGGGUUGCAUUCAGGACAGCGAGAAAGAAAGAGAGCCAGAGAGAGGAGGAAUUCACCAGUCCACCAUGGGCCUGAGGAAUAUCUGAGGACUGAGUCAGAUGCUGGGAAAGACAGAGGAGCCAGGCAGCCUCUCUACCACAGGUUGUCAGGAAUAACAACAAAACUAAGGAAACUCUGUGGACCAACACAUGAGGAAUAACUGUGUACCUGCACUGUGGAUACUUUGGCGGCUGCACAAAGACUUUGGCGUCAGAGACCAGCCAGGAUCAUAACAAAUGAAAUGCAGUCUCAGCAACGUGUGGAAGUCCUGGACCAUCUGAACGGCUCUCGUAUCGUCUUCUCUGACGAUGGCCCUCCCUCCAGCCAGCAGCAUCACCUGUCCCCUCCAGACCUGACCCAGGAGGUUGUGGUCAUCUCCCCGGGGCUCCCCACCCCCCUUCUUAGCCCCUUCCGUUCCACAAGACUGCCACCCGAGGAGCUCAUUAAGGUCUCAGAGGUCAAUGGGAGUGACCCUCUUACCGACCCUCUUCGUUUUGGAUCAUACUAUGGCCCUGCUCAAUCAAAUGGGGUUCUUUCUAAUGGAGUCCAGACCAGGGGCUCUUCCACUCUGCCAUGCAGGGCUGCUACAAGGGAGGAGCGCCUCAUCAAGUUCUCUGGGAUCGGCCCAGUGGAUGAAACAGGGAUGCCCAUCGCCUCCAGAUCAAGUGUGAACAAGCCCAAAGACUGGUACAGGAGCAUGUUCAGGCAGAUCCACAAGAAGCCAGAAGAAACUGACGAGGACUCUGAGCGAUGGUCUGCUGAAAGGACCCGGGCCCUUGCUGCUGACUCAGCCGGUGGGCAGCAGACUCAGACCCAUAUGGACAAUUAUGGAUCCCUCCCUGACUGGAGUGAGCUGGGGGUUGAAGAUAAGCUUUCAGACCGAUGGGGGGAGCCACCACAGCCCAGGAGCAUAUUUGACUUUGAGCCUGGACAGAGCACCACCUCAGAGGUCCACAGCCAGCCUCAGGGUCAGCCAGCCCAGAAGCCCCAGCAGCCUCCCAUACUGCUGGUCCAGCACAGACCCACAGAGAAACCCUGGUCCCCCAUAGAGAAGCCGUCUAAGCCAUCUGCCUUCGAGGAGUCUCUGCUCUCUGAGCUGAGCUGUUUUGAGGCUGAGCUGGACUCGGACAUCCAGGGCCUGGAGAGGAGGCUUUCCCAAAAGAAGCAGACGCGGCGAGGCCGGGGUGAGGGUGCCAGGAACGCUGAUCCAGGAACUGCUGCAGGGACAGGGACAACACAGGACAACAGCUCUUUGACUGGAGCAAAGCAACCUCUCCAUCGUCCCAUUGUCCCCACAACAGCUGUUGCUCAGAGGGCAGCCUCCAGUCCCACACAUGAACGCCUCUCCCCUGCACCUGAAGUCAUGGAGUUUCCACCCAGGAGACAGGAGAAGCAGAUGAAAGCAGCAAGAGCCAAGUUCACUUUCCAGGCUCAGUCACCCAAGGAACUGUCUCUACAGAAGGGGGACAUUGUUUACAUCCGCAGGCAGGUAGACGGCAACUGGUUUGAAGGAGAGCAUCAUGGGAGAGCCGGUAUCUUCCCCACAACCUAUGUGGAGAUUGUCCCUUCUACAGAGAAGCCCACACCCAUCAAGUCUCCCACCAUCCAGUUGCUGGAUUACGGAGAGGCAGUGGCUCUGUUCACCUUCAAUGCAGACCUUCCUGUUGAGCUGUCCUUCCGCAAAGGCGAGGUGAUUAGUGUAACCAGGCGUGUGGACGACAAGUGGCUGGAGGGCCGGAUCCCAGGGACCAGCCGGAGUGGCAUCUUCCCCACCAACUACGUCCAGGUUAACAAGUUGCCCCGCACCAAAUCAUCCUCUGACGACUACCCAGUAUGCCCCAUGUCACCCACAUCCCCAGAGCCAAUGAGUCCAGGACGCCCUCUACACUCACCUUGCUCGCCUUUGACCCGCUCGCCUCUGAGUCUGACCCCCUCCUCCCGCAGCCCUGAACCAGGAUACUCCCCCCUGAAGCCGUCCUCACCCAUACCCCAUGGGACAGUAGCCUCCCAUUUACGUUCAUCCCUCCAGCCCUCACUAUCCAAAGAAGCACCCAAUCACUGGCCACACCCCACUUCUGGGCCUGCCUCCCCCACACCCCAGAACAACCACUGGGGAGCAGCACACCCAGCUUUGCAAAAUUCUAUUGGCAGAGCUGGUUCACCAUCAAAUCAGAUGUCACCAUCUGCCCACAGGGGAGGAGCAGCCCCGACCAACAUCCCCAAAACAAAAACGACCAACAAUGCUGGCUCGACAGUAGUGCAACGCCAACCAUACAAAGCAGUUUACAACUACAACCCACAGAACAGAGAUGAGCUGGAACUGAGAGAGGGGGACAUCGUACAAGUGAUGGAGAAGUGUGAUGAUGGCUGGUUUGUAGGUACGUCAGAAAGGACACAUGCCUUUGGGACUUUCCCAGGGAACUAUGUGACACCAGUGUAACUGCUUCACUCUACCUGUCCACUCCACAACCACAUGGACUGUAGUGGACACAUGACUAUUAGAUCCGCUUGCUUUAACCAGCACAUCAGAUCAUUCCAGCAGCCAAAUGAUCAACCCCUGACCCCAACACCCCCUGUCCUCCCCCUGUCACCAACUUGGUUUAGUCAGGUCUGCAUGUUCACGUCAGCCACUGACCACAGCUGUUGGCCAGUGUGCAGCUGGUCUGGAGGUAGGAACACCGUGUGGUUUGACACCUCACCCCCAGCAUGUGUGGUCCUUCACUGAAUAGACUUGGAGUGAUUUUCACAGACACUACUUGAAUGGAUAGAAUGAAUGCUGAUGAUGAUACUGGUACAGUAUAAAUAACUUUGUCCUCAUUGACUACAACUCAAAUGACAUUCCUUCAGUAUGGUUCAUCUACUGCUGUGGAGUGUUCGGCUUAGCAUGCACCUGCUACACUUUCUGUCACCCAAGUGCCAUCACAGACACAAAUGCCUGAGAAUAUCCUUAUGUUGUCAUGUUCUCUAUAACGUAGACAGAAUGAAUGUUUCCUUUUGAAAUGUCUUCCUACACUUUGAUUUCAGAUCUAUAAAUGCAUCCUGGGUGUGUCCGAGGCUACAGCACAGCACUGAUAUGACCGUCCAAUAUACAUGAAUGGAUCACUUACUUUAUUAUUUGAAACAAUGGCAUAAAAGAUUUGUUGCUUGGUUACAAAACAGUUCUGCUGACUCUCCAUUUGUUCAAGAUUUUAUUAGUGCUCUAUGCAGCAGAGCAAACAAUCAAGGCAAUGUCCUUCAGCGUGUUAUUGUUCACUACUUACAUCUUCAAUGAAGCUCACUGGUAAUGAUUCA